CAUUCACGCUGAGCAGGAGGCACUUUGGGUUGGACUCUUUGGAACCAUACGGAUACUAUGGAUGCUGGACAGUAGACUGCAGAACCUGAGCGGUGAAGAUGCAGCACACCUCGUGCACAGAGGACAGGAUCCAGCACGCUCUGGACAGGUGUCUGGACGGGCUGAGACAAAGCCCCACAGCAGCGCACCACUGGAAUGUGUUGAUGUGCUCGGCGGGUCAGUCAAUGAACCGCUGGAGCCUGGAGGAGCUGGUGAAGAGGGACCCUGAGAACUUCCUCAUCCUCUUACAACAGAUUAUCAGGAAGACCAAAGAGGUUCAGGAGCAGUGUCAGUAUGAGCUGGUGGCUCCCCUCGCAAUCAUGUUCUCCUCCACGUUGCUUCAGACACCAUACUGUCCUCCAGACACAGAGCUGCUGGAGGAAGCUAUUGAGGUGUUCCGCUUUUUCCUCACCUGGCCUGAGCCAUACUGCAGCGUGUGCAGAAACCUCCUCUCCACACUGCAGCAGGAGAUGAAGGCCCCAGGGAUUUCCUUUCAAAGACUGGUGAGAGAGGAACAGGGCCUUAACGCAUCCAGCCAGUGCUCCAAGACCAUGACCGUGCUGCUGAUGAACCCAUGCGAGGUGCCCCCUGACUUCCUCUCUGUGGCUGAGCAGCUCAGUCGCAUUCAGCACUCGCAGAAAGAGACUUACAUCACGCUGAUCAAACACGCCUUCCAGUCCACUCUAGGCACCAAGUACCCUCUACAUAGCAUCCAUAGAGCCCUGCAGGCAAAAUCGGUGAAUGAAUUGGGGGUUAUCUUCUCGGUGGUAAGCGAUGUCUUGGAGACAGCAGCUGCCAUGAGUGACCCUUUGAAGGGCCGUGGUCAUGUGAUCCAGGGACUUGAGCAGCUGAGGGAGAGUAUGAGAAUCCCAGCAUCCAAUGGAAGGAAGUCUGAUGGAAUGCUUCAAACUCUACCCUUGCCGACAGCCAAGUGUUCCAUGUUUCACUGGGACAAAGAUAACUUUGAUAUUCUGAACCAACUUUUGGAACAUGAGCCUGAUGACCAGAUCAUUAAUGGGCAGACUGAGGAGGAAGAGGCGGACAGAGAUUAUGACAAAGAGGAGGAUGUGUCAGAAAUGGGAGAAGAAGAGGAAGAAGACAAAGAAGAGGAGGAACAUGAAAUAGAGUUGCCUUCAAUGUCUAUCAUCCCUAUUGGCUACAACCAUCGUGCCUCCACCUUCUCCACCAUCUCCUCCCUGUCCACUGCCUCUAAAGACUCCAUGUUCUCCACCUUGUCCGUAGCCUCAGAGUCCUAUGCUCCAUCGCUCUUCUCUGCCACUUCUGGUGGUGAUAGUGAUUACUUUGAAGACUCUGAUGACUAUAUCUGCUCCUCUCCCGUUGCAGAAAAAUGUUCGCCAAAGUCCAUGAACAAAGCUUCGGCUCGGCUGAGCCAGCACUUGUACCGGUUCUUCAUCAAACCCAAGAGCUCUCGUUCGCUAUCCCGAGCCAAGAGCUUAGGAAACACUGAAUCAAAAGAUAUUUUAGUGGUGCGAGACAGGCGAUCGAACUCUCUACCACAGCAAGUCAAGUUACGUUGUCCUGAGCCCUUCUUCCCUCAACAAACUCUCAGACACGUCUGCUACCGAAGGAGACCAAUUCUCAGCAGUGAUGAGGACAGUAUGGAUACCACGCUGAGGGUGGUGGUGUUCGGUGCCGAUCACGUAGCUGGGAAGGUGGCACGAGCCUACAAUAGCCUGAGGAGGCAGGAGAGUGCAUGUCCACGUCUCAGCAGAGCCUUCAAGCUUCAGUUCUACUUUGUGCCAGUGAAGAAGGACUCAUCGGCAGGGCCGGGAAGUGUGAAGUCUACAACUGGAACUACAAAAGGAGCAGCCCUCCCUAAUGGUCUCUUGGGCAAAGGGGACAGCACUAACGACAUUGCCCACCUCCUUGGUAUGUUGGACCCUUGGUACGAAAGAAACACCCUUAGCCUGCUUAACUUGCCUACCAACGUUGUCUGCCAGCAAACCUCAAAGACGGAGUCAGAAUCAUACGAUAGUUCGUAUGAGCAGCGUCUGCCCAUCCUGGCCGACUUGGUCCUGUACUACUGCCGCUAUGCUGCUCGGCCAACACUGAUCCAGCUCUAUCAGGCCGAGUUGACAUUAGCAUGUGGAGAGAGGAGGACCGAGGUGUUUGUCCACUCCCUAGAGUUGGGUCACACCGCAGGAACACGAGCCAUAAAGGCCAUGGGUGCUGCCAGUAAACGAUUUGGUAUUGACGGUGACCGAGAAGCAGUCCCUCUAAUGUUAGAGGUGGUGUACAACAGGGUGGUGAUAAGUGGAAGAAGCCAGUGGAAGAGAGAAACAAAAGUCUGCACAUCAGUAAACUUAACCAAAGCAUGCAAAAAUCCAGAGGAACUAGACUCAAAGAUGGAGUGUCUGCAGCUCAUGAUGACUGAGGUCCUGAAGAGACAGAACUGUAAAAGCAAGAAGGGCUACAACCAGCAGCUGAGUGUGACAGAGGUGAAGGUGGACAAGGUGCAGAUCAGCGGAGCUGGAAACACAACCUUUGCUGUCUGUCUGGAUCAGGAUGAGAAAAAAGUACUACAGAGUGUCACCAGAUGUGACAUAUCUGUCUGCUAUAAACCUGACAGCUCUACUGACUGGAGGCUAAGAAAAGCCCCGACCUCGGCCCAAAUCCAGCCUCUCAACCCCACCUUCUGCUCCCUACUCUGCCUGCCCAUAGUCACAUUCAGUGGGGCUCUUCCCUGAGACUGCGGUUCACUGGUUUGGAUUGUUUGAAAGGAAAACAUUCUGUGCACAUAUUUAUACUCUGAAUAACAGACACUGACUGAAGAAGGAAAGUGCACGGAGCGUACAGUUUUUUUUCUGGCUGGUGUCACGAUGCUGUCAAUGAGGGUAGCCUCAAACUGCUGCGGGAUGCAUCUGCUGGAAACACAAGGACUUGUGCAGAUGGGGUUAUCAGGAAACAGCAGACCCGGCCUGUGAUUGUUAAAUACAAAUAUAUAUCUAAGAAACAAAGAAUGACUGGAGAUACAAAGUCAGUCUUUCUCUGUACAAAGCAAUCAUUCGCUGUUUUUAAUCCACAGGUUUCAGUUCCUCUUUUCCUGCUGACAAAAAAGUGUCCUUACCAACAAUAACAUUUGAAUGCAAUUUGGUCAAACAGGGUGAAUCAACAGUACAGGCUCUCAGGAGAGAUGGCACCCAAACUGGCAACACCAUGUUUAAAGUAUGCCUGGAUCCUACCAAUAGAUAGAGUGUACAAUUGUAGAAACCAUCUGGGAGUCAACGUUUUGAGAACUUUUCUCUUGAUCAACCGACAUGAAUUUUACACCCAUUGAGCCCGACUGUACUAUGAAAUGCCUUCAUGAGGAAUGAUUACGGGACUAUAUCUGAGAAUGGACACUAUGGACUUACAAAAUAUGUAAAUAUUAUGUUUGUAAAAUAUUGUAUUGCAUGCCAUAACUUGACACCAUAAUAUUGUAUGUCUGUUAUACGUGGGCUUUUAGUGAUAACAUUUCUCCUAAGGAGUUUCAACGGUCACUUUUAUAGCUCUACUUACAAAAUAUGACCAGCAGGGGGCUCUGUUGGCAUUCCAACUGACUUCAGGUAGAGUUGGCGAUACUUGUAGUAACGUCUAAUAAUAGUGAUGGAAUUAAUGUAAAGACCUUUUUUUUUUCGUGCAAAGUGCUAACCUUUAUUUCAUCAAGGGGAAAAAUAUAAAUUUGAUAUUGUGGUGCUUAAAAAAAUACUGUUAUAAUUUUAAGAGAUGCAUUGCACUUUGCAUACUGUAAACUAUCACAUUUAAUAUAUAUAGUAUAUAGUAUAU